GGGACGAGUACUGUACCUUCUGCAACAAAAGUGGUCACAAGCGAGAUGGUUGUUUCAGAUUGGUGGGAUACCCAGAUUGGUGGCCCGGUAAGAAAACAACAGACAAGUCCAAAACCAUGGUAGCUCAUACAGAAAUAGAAGAAAGCCCAAUACCUGAAUUAACCAAAGAACAGUACCAAAUGUUCGUGAAACAUUUCAGUUCCUCAAAGGUUGCUGAUGAGACAAUUCGAAGUGCCAACAUAGCUGAAGCUCAACACCAGGAACUUGAUUGGUGCGGAUCUCAGUUAGAAGUUGGCGAGCCAACUAAAAUAUUGAAUGAUUCUUGUGAGCAUAUCCACACUGAUGAACCUGAAUUAAAUUUGAACCAAGAAAGGGAGGUUGAUAUAGACUCGGCAACCCAAGAUCAGCAUGCAUCAGAUUAUGGGAGUCCAAAUGCAGCAGAUCCAUCAAUGUCGACUAGCCCAAUCUCUUCAAGUCCAGCUGUAGUAACCAAUCAGAACUUGUCCAAAGGCCUAGAACAACAUGAAAGCACAACAAGAAAUAUGAGCCCAGUUAUCGAAAAUUUGCAAAACGAGAUUGAGACCCCAGCUAGAUUCACACGAACUCGGGUGCAGCCUAAAAAAUUUAAGGACUUUCUCGUGAAUCUUCCCCCUUAG